AUGGACUCUGGUGCUCUUCAAGUCAUUGAGCUUCUUCGGUCCUGUCGUGCCGCAUACCAACAGACAAUCCAGCACCUGUCUCCCGACGAGCUCGAGCAGGUUUCACGCUACUGGAACUCCAUGAAUGCCGAGAUGAGGAACUCCCCUCCAACCUCGACAUCUGAAUAUGGUUCUUCGGUUCCCUCCAAACGACCUCUAUCCUCUGUGAUGGUUGGUGAUAUGGAACCAGCGCCCAAACGUAAUGUCCAUAAGACAGCAUCCCUGGCUUCCUCGGCACCCACAUCCCAUGUCCUCGAGCGACAUAUCUCAGCACCAGUUGUUGGUCAAUCUGCCCCCAGGACCCAGCAAGGCAGACCUUCGGUUCGAACUUCACCUAUUCCCCAGACCGCCACAACCACGACCACCACAACGACAACCAAGCCAAUGCCCAUCCCCCGACGCAACAAUUGGCAACGGAGAGGUUCCACAUACGCCUCGUACCCCAACCGAUAUUUGGGAUCCAGUCUUAAUUUCAUUGAAGAGGUUCAAGAUAUGUCGCCCGCGGACUUCCUCGCCAAGUCACCGGAUGACUAUCAUCAUAACCCGCCUGGCUCGUUGACCCCUCCCACAAUUGUGGAGCGUGGUGAGUUCCACAUCAACCAGAUGGCACAGCUCACGUCCCCGUAUUCUUCAGCGAUAGAGUCGCCAGGAGGAGUCUUUACUCCGAUGACGGCCACUAGUGACUCGAGCAUGACGGCUCCGUCAACUGUGUUGUCGGAGCCCAUGUCUCGGAGCAACACCAAUGAUGUUCUCUGCGAAGGCUUUGGGAUGUUUCGCAUGGACUCAAUGUCGAUGGCGAAGGAUCACAAGGCCUCGAGCAGCAUGAUGCCGGAUGAGCCUCGGUAUCCCCAGGAUGCCGAACCAGCUCGACGACUUUCUUUUCUUCCUACUACUUCUUCUUCCGUGGUUGGAACCGGUUUCGGUUGCAACGUAUUUUCCCGUUUGUCUUUUGAGGAUGACGAGCUUCAGUCAUCGUCUCCUUCUAGUUUUGAGAUGAAGAAGUCGCCUUCCUCUGGAAGCGACGCCUCAUCGGUUUCUGUUUUGUCUCAGUCUCAUAUGUCGUCGUCGGCACGAGGGCUUCCGCCGCCGCCGCCGCAGCAGGAAGUUGUUGUUCCUCGUAGCAGUAACACAGUCUCACGACCUCUGGCUCCCAAGAUGGAGCGUGCUCCGGGGUCAUCGUCGCAAUCAGUCGAGAUGCCAGCACCCCGACUCAUUGCUGUCCAGGGCGCGGACGGCACCGUGAAACACAAGGCAGAGAUCAGCCGCACAAUCCGACAACAGCCUCCUCGUAAGACGACCUUUUGUCAGUUCUGUAACGAUCAACCCCAGGGCUUUCACGGCGACCACGAGCUCCGACGGCAUAUCGAGCGCCACCACUCCCAAGUGCGCCGGGUUUGGAUCUGCAAGGACGCCUCGGCCGACGGCAAGUUCUUGUCCAACUGCAAGGCAUGCCGCAGCCGCAAGAGCUAUGGCGCCAACUACAACGCUGCAGCUCACUUGCGUCGCGCCCACUUCAACCCGUGCAAGAACCGACGUGGCGGUCGGGGCAAGAAGAGCGAGGGUCGCGGCGGCAUGGGUGGUGGCAACACACCGCCUAUGGAAUUCCUCAAGCACUGGAUGUACGAAGAGCUUGAACUCAACGUCAACGGCCGCGUGAUUGUCCAAGACCUCAACGUCCCUGACACAACCUUCCAGCCCGCCGUCGUCAACGAACACGUCAGAGGCGCCUCGACUGCCAAUACCACCGCCAACAGCGCCAACAGCAACAUGGGCAACGCCAACUACGAGCUCACCGACGACGACAUGAUGCAAAAUCCAUCCCUGCCCAUGUUGGAUCUCACACAAGAGCCGUUGUUCUACGACAACAUCCUCGCUGCCGACAACUUCGUCAACGUCGAUGCCACCAUGUCCAUGGCCCAGAAUGCAAUGUACAACGCCAGCGGCUUUGACUUCCCCGGCGAGAGCUCGAAUUUCGGAUUUCGGCAGUAUUAA